AUGAGAUCUCGAAUUGAUCAGGCGGUGGAUCCCAGCGACAUCAACAGCGAGAGCGACAGGCCAGGUGCCGACGGGAGUGAGGACAGGAUGAAGAAGAGACUGGACUCUGGUUUGGUUUGGUCCGGUCUGGUACUUCGAGCCCAAGUAACUCUCUGGGGGGAGGUGGUCGAUGUUUUGGACCGGCUGGUGGGUGCUUUUUGGUCUGGUGGAAGGGGAGGAAAGGCGAGAAGAAGCCUUGGACCCAUCGGCACGAAUGAAGGCUGGGGCUGGGAGGGCGUGGACCACAUGAAGCAGAGGCGUGACUGUGUAUCAGUAUAA